AUGUCUGCAGCAAACGAUUCAACGGCUGAGGGCACCCCGAAUGGGGUGGUCUCUGCAGUGCUAAUGACUCUGGAGGUCAUAGGCAUUCUGGGUAACACUCUGGUCUGCUUCACAAUCUUACGGGCCAAGUUCAUGCAUACCACCACCAACUACCUGAUUGCACACCUCGCCCUGGCUGACCUGCUGGUGUGUGCGACUUUCCUCGGGUUCCAGAAAAGGUUCAUCCCAUCUAAUCUGGAUGACCCACUCCUUUGCGUGCUGUUUAAAGCUCAUUUCCUAGUCUGGCUCGCCGUCGGCGUGUCGACCGCCUCCAUGGUGUUGGUCACUGCUGAGAGGUACAUAGCAAUUGUGCACCCGCUGCACUACCCGCGCUAUUUAUCGAAUUGGAGAGUCAAGCUUGGGAUAGCUGGAAUAUGGCUGCUGUCGGUACCCCUCGCCUCGAUACAAAUCUUUGUGCCUAAGACUAUUGCCGACAUGAGAAGCUGCUUGCAAGAUUUGACUGUCCCGUUGGACACCCUCAAAGCAGCCUAUGCCUUCCACGUGGCUUUGUACGUCAUUCCAAUGUUGAUUCUGUUUUACUGUUACGGCCGGGUUAUGGUCAACUUGCACCGGAAAGCGCGCCAAUAUCGAAAGGAUAACAACCAAGCCCACGCCGAGGGCCUGAUACGAGCGCAGCGAAAGGUGGCCAUCGUCUUGCUGAUCGUUGCGGUAGUUUACAUCACUGUCUGGUUCACCAUCAUCUUUUCUAAUCUGUAUCUCCUAUUCAACGAAGUAGCUGACUGCAAUACGCAAGAGAUAUUCAGACUCCUGUAUCCAGUUCUCCUGGUCUUCAACUCCGUGGUCAAUCCGAUAAUUUAUGCUUUUAAGUACAAGGAGUUUCAACGAGGCGUGAGGGAGGCGAUGUUUCCGCGAUGUUUGACGAGGCUCCACAGAGUAGGCGUUAGAGGUGAUGACAUUGCAAUGGGAUAG